UAAAAAUUGCUCACCCUGUAUUUGAAGAUUUGCAGGAAACUGUUACUGACAUUUGACAACAAUGACAAAUAACAACUGUCAACUUAGUUCAAUAUUUCUGCCGCAAGGAGCAUUAUGCAGACAAUUUGUCAAGCGUUCAUAAAAUAAUAAUUCGUUUUUAGAUAUUUUAAUCUAAGUUUUUUACCAUGGAAAAGCUAAAAUCGCUAAUUUGAAGCUACAAGGUUAUGUUGCCCAGCAAACACCAGCUGAUAAACAAAAACAACAUAAAUAUUAACAAACAACCAAUACGCUGUAUUAAACGAAUUAACGAUGUCCGAACAAACGAGCGAGACAGCGGAAGUACCCUCGAGCAGUGCAACCGAUCAAGCCAGUCAUGGACAAAAAAGCACAGCAACUGCAGCGAAACCCGAACAACAAACUAGCUGGCUCACGAACUUGCAACGAAUACAACAGAAGAAACAGGCUUUCCUCGCUUUUCCUUACGACAAAAAAUUGCUGCGGUUGGCUGUGUAUUCCAAAUGUCAGGCUGAAAAAUGUGAUUGUAUUGGGUGGAAAAGGGUCGAUGUCAAUCAACAAAACCCUACUUUUGAAGGUCCUUGCCGUUGUGAACACUUAUUAGAAACCCACGUUUCUCACUUAGUGGAUAAACCCGAGCAGGAAUUAAACAGACUUCUUAGCAUGACCGUGGACGUAGAUAGCAUUUACACAUCGAUGAGCAAAGAAGAGAACUUGGAAACUCAUAAAUUAUACCAAUAUUUAUUUAGGUUAUUAAGAACGUGCGUCUUGACGCUGGAGAAGCCUGUAAUAAAAGGCCCGUUGGGCCAACCGCCAUUCGAGAAACCCAGCAUCGAUAAAGCUAUUACGAAUUUGCUCAUUUACAAGUAUUCGCAUAUUAGCCAGCAGGAGUUGAAAACUAUGUACGAGUUGGUAAGAGUGUUGUUUAAUUCUUUGAACACUUGGGUGUUUCCUUGUCCGAGUAAUCAGAAGCAUAUUGUCAGUCAGGAGGAGGCCAAUAAGUAUAAAAUUGAGUACAAAAGAUGGUUGAUUUUCUGUUACGUGCCAACAUUUUGCGAUUCCCUGCAGCACUUCGACACCACGAUGGUGUUUGGUCGAACGUUGCUCAGGGGAGUUUUUAAGUACAUUCGCAAAGAAAUCAUGGAUCAAUUUUACAAAGAAAGAAACAGCACGAUGCCGCCGGAACUGAAACAAUUGUUACUUACCAAUUUCCCGCCGUUUUUGAACCAAUUGGACGAGGAAAUUUACGCCACGAAUUCGCCCAUAUGGGAUCCGGACUUCAAGUCGACGUCGCUGCAUUUCCAGUCGCUGUUGGAUUCCAGACUAAGAGGAAAGCAAGUUCGGGCAACAGAAACGCCCGCCAGGGAGACUAAGAAACGGAAAUUGGCGCAAGAAGAGCAGUUCGAAGACGUGCCCAAGGAGACCAUAGCUGAAAUUAUAGCGACUAUUGACGAUCCUAAUUACAUGACCGGUCCAGAUAUGGUGUUUUCCGACAACGCUCCACCCACCGACGAGGAUCCCAAACUGCAGGAAACCCAGAACGUUAUACAGCUACAAGUAAUCGGAAAUAGCCUAACUAAACCGGUUUCGAAGGAAACGAUGCUUAUGUUGAUCGGGUUGCAGAACGUUUUCUCUUGCCAGUUACCGAACAUGCCCAUCGACUACAUAACUCGAUUGCUCUUCGAUCCCAAACACAGGACCAUCGUUUUAACGAAAGAAAACCGACCGAUCGGAGGAAUUUGUUUCAGACCGUUUAAGACCCAAGGAUUUACGGAAAUCGUCUUUUGCGCCGUGACGUUUCUACAACAAGCCAAAGGUUACGGCAUGCAUUUAAUGAAUCAUUUAAAAGAUUAUCACAUCUCCAAAGGCAUUUACCAUUUCCUGACGUUCGCCGAUCAAUACGCUAUCGGAUACUUUCAAAGACAAGGGUUUUCUAAAGAUAUUAAAAUGAACCGAGCGGCUUAUCAAGGCUACAUCAAAGACUACGAUGGCGCCACGUUGAUGCACUGCGAGUUGAACCCGAAAAUAGUCUACACGGAGUUUACCAGCAUGGUGAGGAUGCAGAAGAAAAUCGUUAAGCAGCUGAUUCAUAAGCAGCAGAAGACCGUUUCCAAGGUCCAUCCGGGGAUCACUUUCUUCAAUCAAGUUGUAAGGAGUAUUCCAAUAGAAUCGAUACCUGGCAUAGAGGAGACUGGCUGGAAACCAGCUUCGAGAACGACGAGAGGACAAGUGCUGGAGGAAUCCCAAGACGUGGAAGUUUUAGCCGGUCUGCUCAAAACCGUUUUGAAUGCUGUGAAAGCUCACGAAGAUUCUUGGGCGUUUAAGUCGCCUGUUAAAAUAGAUCAAGCUCCCGAUUAUUACGAUCACAUUAAAUAUCCAAUGGAUUUGAAGACGAUGACUGAAAGAUUGAAAUCCCGGUACUAUGUAUCUAGGAGGCUGUUUAUUGCAGAUAUGAUGAGAAUUUUUACGAAUUGUAAAUUUUACAACGCACCGACGACUGAAUAUUACAAGUCUGCUGAAAAUUUGCAGCAGUAUUUCCAAACGAAAAUGAAGGAAAUGGGUUUGUGGGAUAAAUAAAUUGAAUUUUAAUCGAAGUGAGAUAUCACGGAAAUUUUCAGAGUGAUAGGAAUGAAUUUUAUUUAGGGAAAUGUAAAAUCGAAUUUUAAGAGAAAACCGAUAUAAUAUGUUCAUCUACAAUAAUAAAACAAUUUUAUACAAAGUUACACAACUGAUAAAUACAUUUGGAUAUUAAUAAUACAUAAUAAUAAAAAUGACUAGUAAAAAUCAUUCUACUCAUAUUAAUUUAAAAAAAACUUGUUAAAAUAAACUAUACUAUUCAAAUCCAACAAGUAGCUGCGCAAAACGGUGAACAUUCACCAAAAUACAAAGGUUUGCACUAAAGCUAUAUAAUGUAAAAAAAUUUAAAGACACGCUUAAAUCCCCGCGAAAUUUUCUACAGUUUGAAUUUCUUUUCGCUCAUUUGACUUUUGUAAAAUAAAACCUUAUUCGAGAAUGUGCAGUAAUUAAAGGUAAUAAUCUACAGGUAAUGUCACAGCUCAUUUUGAUAGCCACCUUCAAGUGGUGUUAGUGAAAAUCUCUGCCCAUAAAAUACUACAUAUUUUCAUAAAUAUAAUAUAAAUAAUAGUUUCCAUACAGCUAAUUUGAGGUUUAUAUAAAAUUAGUUUCACUUAUACCAAAAGUUACAAUAAGCUGGAACACCAUUUGCUUUCAAACGAGUCGAAUUAAUAGUUUAAAAAAAAUCAAAUUGUAGGGAUUUCGGGAGAUCUUUAACUUAUAAAAAACAUAGCGACGUUAACAGUUUAAAGUACCAUGUAACCGAGAUUCAAAUUAUUCUAGAAAUUAGUCUUAACGUAGCGUUACAGCCCGAAAAUUUACGCAGAUAUGAUAAUUCGGGCUAUGACAUAACAUUCACUUUUCGGGUUUAUUUUUCUACUAUAACACUAAACAACAAAUUUUCUUUACGUACAAAAUACAUUCUUGCUUCAAAUAUAAAAAAUCACAUGUAGCAAUUUAACGUGAUUGAAGGUUAUUCAGGUGUAAAUUCCGUUUACUUAAAUUCCAUUCAUACGGAAUUCAAUACAGUUAUAAGAAAUAGGUGCAUUAUAAAUUUAGCAAGGAGGAAAUAUCGAGAUUUUUCGUUUUAUUGCUGGAAUGUUAUUGCAGCUGUGGUUUUAUUGAGCAUGUAAUGAUCCAAUUUUUUUCGACUGUACUAAAUUCCGCUUAUUUAGGCAAUAUUUACUUUACCGAAGCACUUCUGCAUUUGGUAUCCUCGUGCUAAUUCUUAAAAUCCUAAUCUAUCUACAGUUUCUUUUAGAAGUAUAACAGCACUUUUUUCGUUUCGUGGCUACAUUGGACAAGCUUAUUCUCGAUGGAAUUAUUAGGAGACAUUUCUCGUUCGAACAAAUCGCUCCACAAUAUCCAGGCGUCCUCAUCCGGAGUACCUCGGAAAUGUCCGAUAAUAAUCGUUUGCAUUUUAAACGUCGAAGACUAGUUAGAACGUGAGAAGAAUUUUAAAUUUCAACGAAAGUUUCGCAACUACGCUAAAUACUACAAUCGCUGUCCUCGGACAAUUCGGCGGGCUCGUCCUCUUCCUCGUCAUCUUCCAAACCGUCAUCCACGUGAUGCGAGAGCAGAUCCUCUUCGUUGCCUUCAU